AUGCUACAGGGGACACCACCUAAGUUCACAGAACCGCUGAAGAGUACGGCGAUUGGCGAAAACGAAGUACUUGUGUUAGACGUACAAGUCACCGGUACUCCACUGCCGCGGUUCUCAUGGUCCCUGAAUGGCCAGGUGGUAGACAACGAUCCAAGGUUCAAGGUGUUCACUAGUCCAUUGGGAACGAAGCUGGUCGCGAAGGUUCCAGUUGGUGGAAACUAUGCGGUAACGGCAGAGAACGUUUUGGGAAAGUCCGUUUCUUCGGCAAACAUUACGGUCGUAAAAGGAAAUGAAGUAACGUACACGGAGAAGACCGCUUAUGAAAGCGACGUAUCGAUUUCUUCGACGGAUCAGAAGGACUUUCUGCAGACGAGUGAAGAGCACUUCUUUUCUGAGGUGGAAAUGAGCACCAUCAGUCCUCCGCGAAUCUUGAAGCACCUGAAAAGCACAAAAAUUCCUGCCGGUCAGAAACUGUUUCUCGAAGUGAAAGCCGACUCGAGUCCAGCAGCGACCAUCCAAUGGUACUACGAGAACACGCUCCUCAAGGAGUCUGACAAUAUAACCAUAUUCAACGGCGUUAAUCGAUCGACACUCCUGAUCAAGGACCCCUCGUCUGGUUGCUAUAGCGUCAAGGCGAUCAACCCUUACGGCACAGCCACCAGCGUAGCCCACAUAAAAGUCGGAGGUGAGAAACAGGCAACUUCUUUAAAGACCAUGGCUCUUACUGUACUUCCUUGUUAAAG